UGGCUACUGACCUUAGCAUCUCAGCUCGUAACACUACGGUGUGGGUUACAGGAGCGAUUCCACCUGAUACUACCUCUUAUCUUUGCAAAGCCAGCCUUGAUGCAUUAUUCCGCGAAAAUCUGUUUUGCGGAACAGAUUCGAUCGCGACGAUGGACAUCUAUGGAGUUAGCAUUGAGACGGAUCAGAUAAGAGAUUGGCGGUCUAUCAUCACGCUUAUUGUCUUUCUUCUCGCCAAUAUUGCUGUCUUGUUUCCUUUUCACAUACCCGUGUAUAUUCCCACUCGACUUUGGCAAGCUCUUCAGAAUUCUCUCAUUGCACUACGUGUGAUACCACCGAGCAUAACAGCACAGGAUUGUCAAUAUGGACAGCCUGACAGCAAGACCACCAAAAUCAUGCGCAAGAGAUUCCCGAUGAAUUCUGUCACGGCACCUUUGAUCGCAGACCUCUUCCUGCUCGCCAUCCUGGCCAUUGGAAGGGACGAAGUCAAGGCCGGCACUCUUGGAGACAACGGCAUUUUCCCUCUAGACAUCAUGAUAUUCUUUAUCACUCUAGCUUACAUUGCAAUUUCGAUUGAUGCGUCUGGUCUCAUCAGAUACCUAGCCCUCAAGGUCUUGCAAUGGGGAGGUGAAGUCGGCCAUAGGUUAUUCUUCUACCUAUAUGCCUUCUUCUUCAGCCUAGGUGUUUUCAUCGGCAAUGACCCAAUUAUUUUGUCUGGUACAGCAUUCCUUGCUUACAUGACGCGGGUUUCGAACAAUAUUAAACACCCCAGAGCCUGGAUUUUUACUCAGUUCUCAAUAGCAAACAUUGCUUCAGCAGUCCUCGUCUCAUCUAAUCCCACCAACCUUGUCCUCGCAGGGGCUUUUAAUAUCAGGUUCAUCAACUACACGGCGAACAUGGUGGUUCCUGUUGUUGUUACAGCAGUUGUCUUAUUUCCGUUCCUGCUAUACAUCAUAUUUGCGAAUGAGGGCCUCAUCCCCGUCUCCAUAAAGAUGCGCGAGCUUCCAGCAGAGGCCACGUCGAAACCUGCUGUCAACCCCAAUAUUCCAAACGCCAGAGGAAUCGCAGAAGAGAAGGAGGACGCCCAUGCGAACGACGAUGAAGGCCAGAUCCUUUCUCUUGUCGAGAUUAUGAACCCUUUCUUGGACAAGGGAGGCGCGGCUUUCGGUGCUAUUAUCAUGUCGGUAACACUUAUUACCGUCUUGGCCAUCAACGCUGCCACCGUCAAGGCGAAGAAUGACGAGCACUUCCAGGUGUUUUGGGUCACGCUGCCGGCUGCUUUUGUCAUGCUGUGCUGGGAUCUCGCGUUCGGUUGGAUCCACCGGAAGGAAACACGGGAAAUCUCUCGCAAGGGACGAGCUGAGGUUGAACGGGCUCAUUUGGAGAGAGCACAGAGACGACAGAUGAACGGCGACCACGUUGGGGCCGGUACGGAGAUUCUGUCUAUGACAAGAAGCCUCUCUCGAGAAGCUUGGCCUGAGAUUCAAUUUCAGGACACCCAUGCUGUUGCUAAGGAGGAUGUCAAAAACCCAGACUAUGACACGCCGCCAGUGAGUCCCGGAAGAGGGCUGACCCCUCGCCUCACGCUCACGCCUGCCGGCCCGACAAGCGAGGCCAGCAUCAAGCCGGCGUCCGAGUCGAGUCCACGCCCGGAACCAUCAGUGUCUUCUGCGGUGGGAAACACAUCUGACAACAGCCGGCCCUCUAGCCGGGCCCGGGCCAUUUCCGAGAAGAGAGCCGACUUUCCCCAUGCGAACGAAAUCGACGUUUUGGUCCAAGGCGCCCCGAUUCUGGGCAUCAGUGCAUCCACAGACCGGAAGCAAAUGGGCGAUCUGGGCGAGAGGGCAGGACACAGCGGGAGGAGUCUGGACCCGCCGACGCUUGUGUCCUUGUGCAAAGAUGGGUAUCGAUGGUCGCAGGAAACAUUCCCCACUGUCAUGGCCGUGAUAUCACAUCUGCCCUUCGCGCUUGUCCCAUUCGCCUUCUCAAUGUUUGUCCUAGUCCAGGCACUCGUUACGAAAGGCUGGGUCUCGGUAUUUGCAUACGGGUGGGAUCAUUGGGUGAGUAAAACAGGAACAGUCGGAGCCAUCGGCGGGAUGGGCUUCCUCUCGGUAAUCUUUUGCAAUUUUGCAGGAACUAAUAUCGGCACAACGAUUUUUCUAUCUCGGGUCAUCCAAGCCUGGCAGAGGAUACGCUUGGAGCCUGGUAGUGACGCUAUCAGCGAUCGGACCUUUUGGGCAACCGUCUACUCAAUGGCACUAGGAGUCAACUAUGGCGCCUUCAGCACAGCUUUCAGCGCAUCGUUGGCAGGGCUGCUGUGGCGGGAUAUCCUGGAAAGGAAGCACAUCCACAUCCGACGAAUGGAAUUCGCCCGUGUCAACGUCCCGAUAAUUGCCAUCGCUAUGACCGUCGGCUGCACCGUCCUCGUGGGAGAGAUUUACAUCACCCGGAAGGAUACACCUUAUAGCUUGUAAAUACGAUCCCAGAGUGCUUAACAGGGCACUCGACAGACAUACAUUUAGACAGCUAUAGAUAGUCA